GCCACCUUCGGCCUCGACAUACGCCUGCUCCUCCUCGCGUUCGAUGGAGGGAAGUGGUGCCUCCUCCGCCCUCGACGUCGACGAAUUCCGCGAACUCUAACCCUAGCCUCGGGUUCUUGAGAUCGAGAGGGAGAGAAGAUGUUCUCCCGGUGGGAUUUAUUUCGGGCGACGGCGAUCAAGCGCGUGUGCAAGUUCCUAUUGAAGAAGAAAUUGGGGGAGUUCAUCUUGGGGGACAUCGACCUCGACCAGCUCGACGUCCAGCUGAGGGAUGGCACGAUCCACCUCUCCGACCUCGCCCUCAAUGUCGAUUUCCUCAACCAAAAGUUGGCCGGGGCAGCCGUUCUGGUGAAAGAAGGAUCUAUUAAAUCCCUAUCAAUUAAAAUUCCAUGGAGGCGAAAAAACUGUCAGAUCGAAGUGGAAGUACUUGAGCUUGUCCUUGCACCAUUUGUCCAGAGAAAUACUUCUCCAAAUGACGCUGAUUCUUGGAUGCCUAGUCAUGAUGAAGAACAACAUAUGUACAGUGAUUCAGAGAAGAUUGAGAUGGGAACACUCCAGGAAAACUCUGGUGCUAUUUCUCAAGAUGUUCAUGAAGGAGUUAAGACAAUUGCUAAGAUUGUGAAAUGGUUCCUUACAAGCUUUCAUGUAAGAUUAAAUGAAAUUUUUGUUGCAUUUGAUCCUCAUUCAGAUGUGGAAGAAAGGGCUUCAGCAUUCCACAGAUCCCUGGUUCUCCGAGUUAAAGAGUUAGAUUUUGGAACAUUUGUUUGCGAAGAUGCUAAGGCUAAGUUGACUAAUUUUGUAAAAUUUCAAGAAGCAGUCAUUGAGUUUCUUCAGAUGGAAGAUGUUGAUAAUUCUCCCCAGCUUCAUAGUGGUUCAGAAACAGGGUUUGGUGAAAAAUAUGCAGGGCAAAGUACUAUUACAAUCUUGACUGGGCCAAGUGGUGGCUUCUCAGGGACGCUGAACUUAAGCAUACCAUGGGAAAAUGGAUCACUGGAUAUUCAUAAAGUUGAUGCAGAUGUCUCAGUUGAAUCUGUGGAACUGAGGGUACAACCCAGCAGUAUCAAGUGGGUCAUAGGCAUAUGGGAAUCCCUCACGAAUGUUGGCACCGCUCGAUGGAGUAAUAUUCAUAAGCCUGGAGAUUCAUCUGAUCAAAACUCUAGACAUAAUGUCUGUUCAUCUACAUUAGGUUCUUCUAUAGCAGAUCCAGGUAAAGUCACACCAAGCAGUGGAAUCUAUCCAGAAGACACAUUUCCUGCAAUCAAUCAAGAGAGAGUUCCAGAUGCUUUUCUUACAAGGGCACAUGUGAUUCAUGACUGGGUUCCAGAAUCCAUUAACCAUGAAGACCGAACUGAUUUGGAGCCAGAUUAUGGUGCAAGUAUUGAUGAGUUUUUUGAAUGUUUUGAUGGAAUGAGGAGCUACCAGGCAAAUUCAGGAAGUAGUGGAAUAUGGAACUGGACUUGUUCGGUUUUCAGUGCAAUAAGUGUUGCAUCUAAUCUUGCUGCUGGAUCAGGACAUGUUCCUGAAGAACAAAAUGUUGAGACUAAUUUACGAGCUACUAUUGAUGAGAUUUCUAUUGUUCUUUCUUUCAUGGAUGAAGAUCAGACACAGUCAUAUGAUUCCAGCAAUAUAUUCAACUCAUUAUUAAAUGGCCUAAGCCCUGAUUCUUACAUGAGCUGUCACUCAUCAAUGAAUAUUGAGCAGUCAACCAUGACUGAAGUUAAUUCUGUGAAAAUACACCAUCUUGAAGCAAGGUGCCAGCAUUUGGCUCUUGAUUUGCAGACUUAUCCUCAAAACAUGAAGUUUGGAGCAUCACUUGGACAUAUUUCAACUGACGAGUACUAUGAUACUAGGAACCAUGCUGAGGGAUCUAGCUUCCUUGAUUACAAGAAUGAUUCCUAUUACCAAAUGCUUUUAAAUAAGCAUUUGCAGGAACAAGUUCAAGGUGCUCUCCCACCAUAUCCUUUUUCUGCUCAAGACCAUGAUUCAGAAUCUUAUGUCAGUAAUUGCAGGAAUGGAUUGAUCAAGAUUAAAUUGUUAGAAUCUUUUGGCAAAUGCAGCUGUCAAUAUACUGUCAGUGCCACAGGUUUAGAUGGCAAGCCAAAAGCAUCAACAUCUUUCUCUGUUCAUCUGCCACCAUGUGUAUUGUGGGUUCACUUUCCAUUAGUAAAUAUGCUGCUUAAUCUCUUUAAACAAGUUGAAUACUCAUUUAAUAAAAGCAGCAUGAACAAAGAUUUUGUGACUGAUGUGACGUCUGAAAGGCAUAAUUCUUCGUCUCUUGAUGAUGCUGAAAGUGGCCAUAUUUCUUGCAUAACAACUAUGUCUCAAAGAGCAAGUCUGGAAGGGAAUAUAGUCCUUCCCCAGACAAGGAUCAUAGUGUGCUUUCCUUCUGAACAUUAUGGAGCCUUCCGACAUUCAGCCUCUUUGGAUAAGUUCAUUGUUAUUGACCAUUCUUCGAGUGUGGGAGAUGUUUCAGAUGUCUGUCAACUUCCAAAUGGAAGUUCUCCAAAUGACAAUUCCUGUACACCUUCCAUUUCUGUCCAUCUAAAUAUGGGAAAGUUUGACAUUUACUUGGUUAAAUCUUCAAGCGAAAAUGCUUUGGGUGAUAAAUUCCAUGCCUUAGACAAGCAAUACUUUUCUGCUGAGAAGAUUCUCUCUGUCACCAACAGAUCAAAUGACUAUCAUUCUGGAAUUACUAUGCUCUGGCAGAAGGGUCUUGUGACUGGUCCUUGGAUGGCAAGCAGAACUUGGAGUUUGUCCAAUUUGCAUGAUCAACAUAGGAACAAAGUUGUUGGAAAAGGAGCUGAGUAUUCCUCCGUGACAACUGCAGAAGACUUUGAGGAGACAAGUUCAAGUAUUCGUCAAGAGCUGAUUCUGAGUUCUGCAUUUUUAUUUCAUUUUAAGUUUUCUUGUAUUUGUGUCAGUAUUGGUAGCCAUGAUUAUAAAUUGCUGAAUCAGCUGCUUAAUUAUCUGUUGGAUGAGUUGUCUAGUGGAGCACAUGGAAUGGACACUAACUACGAGGAGACCAAGAACAAGAAAUUGUCCCCGACUGACUGUUAUGCAUCCCAAACAUCUAUUCAUUUGGAAUGUGAUCUCCUGGACAUUUGCAUUACCCUAGAUGAAGUAGUAGUGGUCAGUCGCUUAAUACAGAAGGAACUACCGGGCUCAUGGAAAAGCCUUAAACUGAAAGUUAAGAAGUUUGAGUUGCUGUCUGCAUCAAAUAUUGGUGGAAUUAGUGAAGCAAAGUUUUCAUGGCUUAACCAUGGUGAGGGUGAAUUGUGGGGUUCUAUCUUUGAUAGGAAUGCGAAAGCUUCUGAACUAACUCAAGAUUUUCUUCUAGUCACCUGUAGAAACUCUGCAUUCAGAAGGGGUGCUGGUGAAGGUACUAAUGCAUUAUCUUUUGGCUCUGCUGGUACUACUGUUACGCACAUCCGGAAUCCACAGUCAUGUCAAAGCUCCACAUCUAUAAUUGUUCGUAGUGGGACAGUAGUUGCUCCUGGUGGCCGCUUGGAUUGGGUCAGUGCGAUAUGCUUAUAUUUUAGUAUGCCUUAUCAAGAGAAUGAACAAUCAGGCAAUAGUAAAGCAUCAGUUAAUGGUGCUGCUUCUGAAAUAUUGUUCUUUCUUGAUUUGGUGGAUGUUGCUUUGAGUUAUGAGCCCCACAGCAAAGAUCCCCUAGUUGAUAAUGGAGUUCCUGAUGGAGAGCAUAGUUGUGCUAUUGAAUCCAAUGAAGAGACAGACAGACAAUAUGUGGGAUGCCUUUUAGCUGCAGCAUCAUUUAGCCUUUCUAAUCACACCAAGGCAAACUUGUCCGCUGUUGAUUACAAUAUCCAACUGCAAGAUGCAGGACUUCUUAUCUGUGAAUCGACUGGCCCAAGAAAUGACAGUGGUGAUUAUCAUGUAGGUCUUCUGCAAGAGAUUGGGUAUGUUAAAGUUGCCCAGGUUUCUCUUGUUGAGGGUAUUCUUAGAAUUAAAGGCCUUCUUUGGGAAAUUGAAUGUUCAGAAUCACAUAUCUGUCUGGAUACCUGCCAUGACACAACUUUUGGUCUUGUUCAUUUGGUUGCUCAACUUCAACAGCUUUAUACACCUGAUGUGGAGGAUGCUGUAAUGCAUUUGCAAUCUAGGUGGAAUACUAUUCAACAAGCUCAAAAGGAUCACAAUUCAAAUGAUGUGGCAGAUAACUCAGAAAGCCCUGAUGUUGGAUUGAACUCUGAGAAGAGUUCACCAACUAGUGAUGAAGACCAUACAUCUGUUGGACUGCUGGAUGAGAUACUUGAGAAUGCUUUUCAUAUUCGUGAAGAAUGCAAAUCUCCAUCCGGUCAUCAUGAAAUGCAUUCUCAUGUUUCACUUGAUGAGUGCAUGCUUGGAGAUAGGUUUAAGUUGAACGUAAACAACUCUGCAGCUGGUGAUGCUUCUGCUCUGAAUCGUCCUUUGGAUGGUUCAUCAUUUGGUCCAGGAAUGGGAAACACUCAGCAACCAUCUGUGCAUAAACCAUGCUCACCUCAACUUAUUGAAGGCUAUUAUACAUCUGACUUACUUCAGUCAUCAGCGUUAACUGCAGGCCAUCAUUCACCUAAAGAAGGUCACAAAUUUAGAUUAGUCGAUACUUCUCAUCGGAACAUGGAAUGUGGAAAGGGUGGUUGGUACAAGGACAGUACUCUAAUGAUAGUAGAGAACCAUAUUUCAGAAAUAUUUAAUCAGCCAGAAGGCGAACAACAUGAAGAAGGGGAAUUUACUUCGAGGAACUCUGAUCCUGCUGAGUACUGUAUUCCGAAAGGAAGGAUACUUCUUAGAAAUAUUGAUGUGAGAUGGAGAAUGUAUGCUGGCAUUGACUGGACUAAACCAACGAAUAAUUCUUACAAUAGGUUGACAAUAAAUGGAAGAGAUGGAAGUGUUUGCCUAGAAUUUACUUUGUCAGGGUUGAAUCUUCAAUAUGACAUGUAUCCUGACGGGGAAAUUAACAUAUCAAAGCUUUCGAUUUCUGUUCAGGACUUUCAUCUUCAUGAUAUGAGCAGAGAUGCUCCUUGGAAGAUGGUUUUGGGUUAUUACCAUUCAAAAGAUCAUCCAAGAGAAUCCUGUGCCAAAGCAUUUAACUUAGGGUUAGAAGCGGUUAGACCAGACGCAUCAACUCCUCUGGAGGACUACAGGUUACAUCUCGAGUUUCUGCCUAUGCGGCUGCAUCUUGAUCAAGACCAACUCAACUUCCUUAUCAGCUUCUUUGUUAAGGAUUCCUUUGUUGAUGAGACUCGUAGUCCGCCUAAUAAUUCAAGUGAGUCUGAAAUGACAGGGAGAAAAAGCAGGAGCUUUGGGAGCCAAACUAUUGUGAAGGAGGCGUUACUUCCUUUCUUUCAGAAAUGUGAUGUGAAGCCCUUAAUUGUGCGCAUUGACUACAUUCCUCGGCAUUUUGAUCUAGCAGCACUAAGUCGAGGAAACUACACUGAACUUCUCAACUUAGUUGCAUGGAAGGGAAUUGACCUGCAUCUCAAACAUGUUUGUGCUGUUGGUGUUUAUGGGUGGAGCAGCAUAUGUGAAACAGUAUUUGGGGACUGGUUGGAAGAUAUUUCUCACAACCAGGCUCAUAAAUUAUUAAAAGGGCUCGCUCCUAUAAAGUCAUUGUUUGCUGUCAGUUCCGGCACAUCAAAAUUGGUUUCCUUGCCGGUAAAAAGUUACAGGAAAGAUCACAAGUUGCUUAAGGGAAUACAAAGAGGUGCAAUGGCUUUUAUUAGAAGCAUUUCAAUUGAAGCUGUUGGGCUAGGGGUGCAUUUGGCAUCUGGAGCCCAUGAUAUCUUGCUUCAAACAGAAUACGUUCUUUCGAGCAUUCCGACAUCUGGCUCAUUAUCUGAAACAAGCAGAAGAAAAAGUAAUGUACGAUCUAAUCAACCUGAAGAUGCACAACAAGGGAUCCAGCAGGCUUAUGAGAGUCUUAGCGAUGGCCUUAGUAGGACUGCCUCUGCUCUACUUGGGACUCCUCUAAAGGCUUACCAGCGUGGUGCUGGUGCUGGAUCAGCUCUGGCCGCUGCUUUGCGAGCAGCUCCUGCUGCUGCUGUAGCUCCUGUCUCUGCUUCUGCUCGUGCAAUGCACUGUGCACUUCUUGGACUUAGAAACAGCCUUGAUCCAGAGCAUAAAAAAGAAUCUAUGGAGAAAUAUUUAGGAUCUUCUUCAUCAUAGGAUUACGAAAAGAGAGAGUACAGCGUUUUAAGCAGUUGCACGUCCAUCCCAUCCAUGAAUUGUUGUUGGAAGGGAGGCUAAGCCAUGUUCUUCGUCCUCGUCAUUUUGGCAGAACUCGUUUUAGUUUACAAGUUGGAUAUCUUCUCACCAGAUUCAGGUUGCAGCUGCCUGUGCAAUGUAUGCCAGCAUCUUGUAAGAAUUAGGUGUAUAGCAAUUCGAACAGAGAUUCUUUAUGGAACAGAAUGACGGCAACCCUAUACAAUAUGUAAAUAACUAUACGAUCUUGUCGGCAUUCAGUUGUAUAAUUGUGAUACGCCUCUUACGAUUCGUAUUUACAGUUUUACACCACAUCAAUUGUAAUAUUUUUGGCUCUUUGAUUGUUUGAAAAGGAAAUUUUUCUCCUGACGAACUUUUUGUAAGCAACCUCAGAAGAAACAUGCAAUUUUCUAGUAGUAA